UCGGUGAAUGGUUCGAAAUGAAGAAAGUAAAUCCAGUUUUUGCUGUAGCUUUUUUGGUAGUUCUGAUAACGACAGGCUCAACCGUCGCACUCCACUGCCAGCACUGUCUGUUCGAGGGCUGUGAUGGCGCCGCCGCCGCCAGCCAGGAGGAGCAAAUCGAGUGCAACGUGCACACCGUCAACCGGCUGUACCACCAUCUGGCAGCACUGGCCAACCUCGAGGGACUACUUUCGGCACCGGGUCCGCAGGACUUUGCGUGCUUCCAGGUGGUGAUUUCGGACGGGGCCAAGAACGGAACCGUCAAGAGUUGCGCCUUUGCCGAGUCGGACAUUUGCAGCGCGUGGAAGCCGGCCAUCCGCGUCGAGUCGUGCCAGGUUUGGAAUGGUUCGACGCAGACCACUGCUCAUAGCUUGGCCGGGUUGCCAGCUGGUGGGGCGGUGGGACGACUUUAUUGGAUUGUCGCACUGCCGUUGAUUGCCCUCAAAAUUGGAUCAAUAAAGCUGUGAAACUUUGCGACCUGCCGCCGACGAAA